AUGCCCCCCCGCACCUCCGCGGACAAGCCAAGGGCGGCCCUGGUCCCCACGGCAUGCCCAUGCACGACCGCCAAAGGCACUCCUUCCAUGGAGGUCGCCGCUUCCACGGCGAGGGUGUACACAGCAGCGGGGGUGAAGGAGAGCGUGGUCCUGUGCACAUGGGCCCAGGUCACCAUGCCCACCCUCGUCGCCAUCCAGAACACCACGGCGUGCACCACCUGGAGAGGGACGAGGACACUGCCGGUACGGACAUGGACCAUGGCCCCGUUCCUCACGGGGCAGGACGGCACCACCAUCGAAGCCCCGCCGGUUUACACCACCGACCGCACGGCCCGCCCCCCGGCCCGCCCGGCAUGCGGGGCGGAAUGCGAAAUGCAUNCUUCCACGGCGAGGGUGUACACAGCAGCGGGGGUGAAGGAGAGCGUGGUCCUGUGCACAUGGGCCCAGGUCACCAUGCCCACCCUCGUCGCCAUCCAGAACACCACGGCGUGCACCACCUGGAGAGGGACGAGGACACUGCCGGUACGGACAUGGACCAUGGCCCCGUUCCUCACGGGGCAGGACGGCACCACCAUCGAAGCCCCGCCGGUUUACACCACCGACCGCACGGCCCGCCCCCCGGCCCGCCCGGCAUGCGGGGCGGAAUGCGGUACGAGGACUCCGGAGGCGAUCUCCACCCCCGACAGCAUCAGCACCGGCACCAGCAGCACCAGCAGCAGCACGGAAGAAUGGCGGCGGGCCGUGCUCACGGUCACCCCUGUUACGACAGCCCCUCUCCCUUGCAGAUGAUGCCGAUGCAGGCCUACUGAAGAGGAGAACAAGGCACCGUGAUGUACGGCUGGUUGAACGGUAUGUGUUGCU